AUGAUACUGUUUUACUACUUUCAGAAUGAGAUAGCAAUGGAUGAGGUCCAACCAUCUCAUUCUCGUCAAAGCAAGACUGAAUACAUGGACCUAAAAGAGGUAACUGCAUUUGAAAGCAGGCGCAAAGAGGAAGCGACACUCGGUAUACCGCAGGUGGAACGUUCAUCCCUAGGAACUGAUUACGCGCCUCUUCAUCCGUCAACACGCUCUUGGGAAAUUCCACGAAGUAGUGUCACCAUAGAAAAGGUUAUCGGUAAAGGUGCCUUUGGUCAGGUUGCCAAAGGAACCGCGAUAGAUGUUCGGGGGAGGCCAGGGAACACUCCAGUUGCUGUUAAAAUGCUUAAAGGUAAUCCACACCCCUCUUUUGGAGCUGAAUAAGAUUAAUGCUAAUAAUGAAUGUGUGUUUUUAUUGACGAUUCAUGAGUAGUUAAACAUUCUAACAUUUUAAAAUAAGUCAUUAAUCAUUAGUGAGAGACAAUAAGUGACAAAGAAAAAUUAUAAAAGUUGGAACAUUAUUCAAAAAACUUAUGAAUAUGAAGCAGUGGUCAUCUCAAUGAAUAACAACGCUUGUAUCACUUAUAUUUUUGCCUUUAUUUUUAGCUUCUGCUCGUGAGUCCGACAGAAGCGAUCUGUUAUCUGAACUCGAAUUAAUGAAGACGCUGAAACCUCAUCCACACGUCAUACGACUACUGGGAUGUGUUACUGAAACUGGUAAAACAUAUGAUUAAUGAUGAACGUACUUUAACGUACAUCUCAAGACAUCUCAAGUUAACAGUUAAUGUAAAACUAUUUCAACAAUAAGUCUCAGUUUCUAAAUUAUUGCUGGUAUUACUGAAAACCCCGUAUAGUGUAAAAGUUACUUGACUUAUUUUCUAGAGCCCUUAUUGGUUUUGAUCGAGUAUGUCCCGUAUGGAGAUCUCUUGGGUUACCUGAGAAAGAGCCGAGGACUCAAUGACACUUAUUUCAAAGACCCGGAUAUCAAGCCUCGAACAAAUCUGACGUCAGAGCAACUGAUGAAGUUUGCCUGGCAAAUUGCUGAUGGAAUGAGUUACUUGUCAUCAAGAUCUGUAAGUCAAAUGAUCUGAGUGCGAUUAGAUAUGAGUUGUGAAAGACUAGGAAAUACUAUGAAAAACGUCAUCGACAUUGAGUUAUUAAGAUUCCUGUACAGGAUAAGCAGAAAGCCAUGCCAACUAUACUAAUUGAAACAUAUGCACGUGUAUUGAUUAAUAAAUGAAUUAAUUAAUUACUGAGGAAUUAAUAUGGCAGUGGUCCAGAAGAUGGGUCGAAAUGGGUGAAUUUAGCCCUGAAUUCAAUUAGAUCCAUUUUAAUGUUUGGUUAACUAUUUCUUACAGAUCAUUCACCGAGAUCUUGCAGCUCGUAACGUGUUGGUUGGGGAAAGAGAAACGUGUAAAAUAACUGACUUUGGAAUGGCCAGGAAUGUCCAACAGGAGAACAUUUAUGAAAGAAAGACAAGGGUAUCUGAGUUAGGAAGUAAUAAGAAUAAUUAAUUAUAAGAUAAAGGGAAUCUAAAAACAAGGAUUUACAUUCUAUUAUACAUCUUCAAUGUCUCACAUUAAGGCAGCCACACGGAUUUCGGCAUUUCGAACUACCCUUGCAUUCUAAAACCUACUUGUUUUGCCUAAUAAUCAGUACUGUAACCAUUCUUUUUAACACAUUUCCUACGAAAGUAGGUUGCCUUCUAGAUAAGGCUCCUCAAACUUUUAAAUCUUAAUCUAAAAAAUAAUUUUAAAGAUGUCUUUUUUACUCGUUCUGCGUCUCAUCGUUUACCACCAGGGACGUCUGCCAGUCAAGUGGACUGCAUAUGAAGCGUUGAUGUUUAACACUUAUACCACCAAAAGUGACGUGUGAGUAAAUAUAAUAGAAAUUGUGUGGAAAUACAGUUUAUGAUGUUGAAUAUUAUUUAGUAGUUGUUGCUUUGCUUAUUUUACAAAUCAACGCUUCCGCUUAUUUGCAGUUGGAGCUAUGGCGUUGUUCUUUAUGAGAUUUUCACUGUAGGUAAGUUGUUGUUUUUUUCUUAAUUAACGAUAAUGGCCUUCGUCGUGCAAGCUUCUUUUGUAAUAGGUUCUGGAGACGUAGUUUGUUUGAAUUCCUGUACUUUCAGGUGGUUCUCCAUAUCCGCGAAUGGAUGGCAAGAAAAUUGCUAGUCUACUUCAACAAGAAUACAGGAUGCCAAAGCCACAGCACGUGGAUGACAAAUUGUAAUAGUAUCUAUUUUACUUAAUCACAGUUUGAAAUUGUAUCCUAUUUGUAGUUGUAUUUGUUUUUUUUCGUACAAACAGUAGUAAGAAUAGAUAUUACCAGAGGUGAUUAUCAGUUAUGAGAUUAAAAGAAUCUUUGACCUCUUAAGACAGAAAAUUUGGGAGAAAAGACAAAUCGAGAUGAGACGAUUUUAUUUUCUGUUCUCAGGUAUCAAAUCAUGAUGAACUGUUGGCAAAAUGAGCCAGAAGCGAGACCAUCAUUCACCGCUUUGACCAAACAGUUGAGGGACAUGGAAAACCAGCAUAAGGUGGGUUUGUUGGUACCUUGUGACAUUAAAAGUUUUUCAGCGACAUCAGUAAUGACAACAAUCUUUCGGCUAUAAGGCUUACCAUUUCCUCAAACGUACACUAUAACUAGGGUAGAGUUUUCUUGGUCAAGCUGUCUGCUACUAGGGUGGCUUAUUCUACAUAAGGAGUCUUAUUGUUUUCUUCGAUUUCUCAUUUACAGUCUAUAUAUGUCCUGGUUAAAUUUAUUCUUGUUUUAAAUUUCAUGUCCCUUUGUGUUUGGGUAUACGAAUGUAUGGUUAUGAGAUCAAAACAAAAGGAAAUAAAACUUACUUAAGCCAAGGAUAAAAUUGAACCACAACAAAUACAUCAUUCAUAUUAACCCAGCAACGUACCUUUUUUAAUGCUUUCCAAAACUAUGACCUUAUCGGCGUACUUUCAGAAACGUUUUCCAUUAUAUAUAUUCUUGGAUCUCGUUUAUCUUUUCCCAUGCCUUCGGCCAUUUCCCCGAAAACAAGGAGCAGGGAAAAUAGUCACCUGUUUUGGUUAACAGGGUACAUGGUAGAAAAUUUAAUUGAAUAUUAUUUUAUCCACAGAAACUGAUCAACAUGCACAUUUAUGACAAUCAGUUGUACGCAAAAGUUGAGGACUUGAACGUCUGA